AUGGCGCCACACAAAUGGACACAGCUGCAAGCAGAUUUAGACCCUUGGGUCCUUGGCCGCGCUCGACAGAUCAACUCGGAAAGGUCUUCUGUUCGUGGUGUGGUGUCGAUGAAGGCUCAACGGGACACAUGGUACAGACAGCAUCUCCUGCCCUGGUUGAUGAACUGUUCCGGCAAGGGCAGGUUAGGUCAGAAAAAACCGCCUGACUCUGGAUUCAGAGAUCUCCUGCCCUCUUGUUCCUCCGGCAAUGGCAGUUUCCGUCGCGACUGUGAGUUUGGGAGGCUGCCACGCUGGCCUCCUCACGAACCGUUCCAGCCUUGCAACAUCCAAGAGGCCACGAGUCAUGAAGAGCCCUGCCGUUCCGGCCAAGAGGCGCCACGGCGGCAGUGGUGGCGGCGCGGAGUUCGCGCUUGGGUGCGGCCGCAAGGAGGACAAGAGCGUGUCGGUGUCUGUGUCAGCGUCCGCGUCUCCGUUCGUGACGACAGGGACGCGCCGCACGGCCGCAGGAGCGCUGGGCUGAACCCGUGGGCGUCGACGACGACGGACACCCUGACUACCCUGACGUCCGCGUCGUCUUCGUCGUCCUCGCUUUGGGAAGACGUCGUGCCGGAGCUGGGCCACAAGGACAGCGGCUGCCAGGUGCUGCCGGAGAGCUCCGUCGCCACGCCGAGCUUCUGCGGCCUGCUGCGCGAGCUCAGCGAGCUAGAGCGGAGCAUCGCGUCGUGGGGCGCGCGGAAGGGACACCACCGCGAGGACAAGCUCUGGCUGGAGCCUGGCUGCUGCCGCUUCACAGUAGGCUGUCGGGAGGCGCAGGGUGCCCAAGGACGGGAGAGGGGAAGGCGGCGGAGGGGCUCCCCGGCAGUGGCGGCAGAGGGGGCACCCCGGCAUCGGCCACUGGAGGGCGGCGCCGUGCCUUCGUCCUGGGGCCCAGUAGAGGGUGGUCGGGGAGGGGAUGGGGGAGGGCGGCGGAGGGCGGAGGGAGCCCCCGGCGGCGGAGGGCCGGCGGACGGGCGGUCGCUCGUCCGUCUCGCGCGUCCGUGCUCGUCUGAGUCGCGACACAAGCUUCUCGCGAAGGGAAUCACGGAAAUGGAGGAGAUGAGCAAGGAGCUGGACGACCUGCGGGCCGAGGUGGAGGCGCUCACCGCCCAGCUCCGCGCCAAGUCCGACCUCGCCGACGGCCUCAAGCGCGCGGGCGCGGACCAGGCCGCGCGGCUGCGGGAUGCCCGGGCGGAGGCGGAGCAGAAUUCGGCGGAGGCCGCGGCCAGGGCCGAGGAGGCCGCCGCCGCCGGGGAUCGGUGUGGGGUGCUGGAGUCCAGGCUGGCCGAGAAGGAGCAGGCGCUGAGGCACCUCUGCGCGGCGCACGAGGCGCUCAAGGGCACGCUCCGGGAGAAGAUCGAGGGCCUCGAGGGCGACAAGAGGGGCCUCCUCGCGGCGCUCGAGGACGCUGAGGCGAGGCGUGGGGAGCACGAGGCUGCCCUGCGCGCGCGCGAUGACGAGGUCGCGCGGCUCAGGGGGCUCCUGUCAGACAACGACAGGAGGUGCGGCGAGGCUGAGAAGAGGGCGUUGGCGCUCAGGGAGGUGGUGAUGAGGGACGACAUGCUGGUGAAGCUGGAGGAGGAGAAGGCUGCCGUCCAGGGCAAGCUUAAGUGGAAGGAUGAGCAGUUCAGGCACCUCGAGGAGGCACUCAAGAAGGUUCAAGAUGACUUCAGGGCUGCCAAGAAGGAGUGGGGCUCAGAUAGAUCAACCUUGGUUGAUCGGAUUGGCACUCUUGAGGCUGAUUUGGAUUCCAAGACCAGGGUUGCGGAGGAUUUCCGGUCGAGGCUUGAUAUGUGCAGCCAGGCAUUGGCCCAUGAGGAAGGCCGCAGGAAGCGGGUGGAAGCAGAGAUGUCUGAGUUGCGCCACAUGUAUGGCAAUGUGGUCUCUGAAUAUGAAGGGGCCAAAUCAAUGGUCGAGUCGUUAAGCUCCAACACGGAUGGGGAGAUAGCAUCUUUGAGAAGCUCACUGGCUGAGAAGGCUACAUUACUCAAGGAAAUGGGAUACAGGAAGACACAUCUUGAACAAGAAAAUGAGGAUUUGCGGUCAAGGCUCAAGGAGUAUCAGGAGGCACAGAUUGGUGGUGCAGAUGCUGUUGUGUCAUUGAAAAGUCUGCGGGAGAAGUUCCGAGCCUUGGAGCAGGCACAUAGAAGUUGCACUGAGAAGCUACGAGAUAAGGAAGAGGAAUGGAGAAUGCAGAUGGCAAAGCUUGUGAAUGACUUGGAUGGAUGCUUAUCACAGUUAGAAUCCAAAGAUAUUCUUAUUGGGCAACUGCAGAAUGAGUUGCUGGGUAGUUAUGGAUCCCUUGAGCUACAAAUAGUGGAGAACUGGGAAGCUUUGAUAAUUCUUACUGUUGUACAGGCAAAAUUUCAUGAGUCCCGCUCAUUUGUUGAUACUGCUCAACUGAAUAUGCAGCAUCAUUGUGAAGAAAUUGAGAAGGAAAUUGCUUCUGCCAAGAAACAGUUAGAAGAACAAUCUUGCACUAUUGUCCAGUCUCAAGCUGAACAGAAACAACAUUCUGAGGUUAUAGCAAAAUUGUAUGCAAGAAUCAAGGAGUUAGAACAUAUGGAACAAGAACAAAAGAAGAUGCAAAGGCAGCUUGAUGUGUACAAAGAGAUGCUGGACAACACAUCAAGAGAUGCUCACUGCCUAAAAGAUGAAGCUUCAAAGAAGGAAAACACCCUACAGGAGAAAUUGAGGGAGGCAUUAAGUGCUCUUGGCGAAGCAAACUGUGCCCUUGCUGACAGGAAGAGUGAGCUGAGCCAGUUGGAAACCAAGCUCCAUCAUCAAAAGCAAACAAUUGAGCAUUUGGAAAAACUGAAAGUUGAUAUGGAAACUGAAGUCGAAAGCUAUAUGUAUGACAACCGUAUCCUGAAGAGAGAUCUGGAUGCUGCUCUUUUUGCCAAAGUGGAAGCUGAGGAGUUUCUUAGACAAGAAAAGAUGAAGUUAAUAUGUGCUCUCGAUGAGGCAAAGUAUUCCCUUUCUGAGAGGAACAGUGAGCUGACCCAGUUCGAGACCAAUUUUCAUCAGCAAAAGCAAGCACUGGAGAAUUUAGAGAAGGUGAAGGUUGAUAUAGAAACUGAACUCAAAACGUGUAAGGAUGAAAAUUUUGUACUGAAGAGAGAUUUGGAUGUUGCAAUUAUUGCCAAAAUGGAGGCUGAGGAGUGUCAUACAAAAGAAAAGGAGCUAUGUGGUAUAAUUAACAAGAAAGGAAUGAUGAUUGAUAAACUUCAGCAACACAUCACUGUGCUAGAAGCAGAAAACAUGGACCAGAAACUUGAUUUGGGAAGUCUUAUCAAGAUGGAGUAUGAGAAGUCCAUUCGCGAAGUGAAGAACAGGUACUCUGAAAUUGUUGAGGUCUCUGACAAAAAAAUUUUGGAGCUGGAAGAAAGGCUUAGAUUCGUUGAGCAGAAAUUUUCAUGCAGGGAGCAGGAGCUCAUGAAAAUGUUUGAUCAAGAGGAAUCAGAUUGGUAUACACUAAUUGCAGAGAAAGAAAUUGCUAUUUCUGAUAUUCAACAAACUGUUGAAUCUGUUCAGCUUGACAUCAAGCACCUUCUUGAGGCUGCAGCAGCAAAAGUGGCAGAAGUUCAGCAAGAGGUGAAUCAACUUUAUGGUUUUGCAGAAACUCUGAAUUCACUUAACAUCAUCCAAGAGCAUGAUACUGUUUUCAAGGAUAUGCUCAUUGCAGAGUGCGAAAGAGAACUUGACUCCUUGCAGGUAAAUUUAGUGCAAGAGAAGCAUCAGUCAAGAAAUCUGAAGAAUCUUAUUGGACAGCUCAAAGCUCAAACUGCUUCAGAAAUGUCAGAAAAGGCAAAGGAGCAUCUAGAAGUUACAAAUAAGCUGAAAUCAUUGGAGGAAAGAAAUGAAACAUUAGAUCAGCAUCUGCGAGAGCUAAAGUCUAGAACAACUAAUAUGUCUAAUGUUGUACUGCAAGAGAGGAAUCAGUUGGUCGAUGAGCUGACUGGACUAACCAAUACCAUUGGGGAGGUAAUUUAUGGAGGUGAAAGUAUGAUGUCAAAUUUGAGAAGGAUCAUGCAGAAAGUUAAUGAGGAACCAUGCAAUGACAGGCUUACCUCAGAAAAAACUAAUGGUAGAAGUUCUGCACCUUUGAUCAGGAACAAAUCAGGGCAUGUCCUAGAUAGAAGAUCACCUCUGAAGGAACACAACUACUAG